UAGAAGGACGCGCACUUCCGGUGCCCUUUCUCCUACAAAGCCCGACUAAGGCGCCCGGGACCCUUGUGUGCGGGGUGCGGGGUGUGGGGUUCCAGGCUGGCCGGGACCCUCUCUGCUUGACCUCCGGUGCCCCCACUCCCUGUCUCGGGAUCGGCCAUGGCUCAGAACUUGAAGGACUUAGCGGGGAGGUUGCCCUCCGGGCCCCGGGGCAUGGGCACGGCGCUGAAGCUGCUGCUGGGUGCUGGCGCCGUGGCCUAUGGCGUCCGGGAGUCCGUGUUCACCGUGGAAGGCGGGCAAAGAGCCAUUUUCUUCAACCGGAUCGGGGGAGUGCAGCAGGACACCAUCCUGGCCGAGGGCCUCCACUUCAGGAUCCCUUGGUUCCAGUACCCCAUCAUCUAUGACAUCCGGGCCAGGCCCCGGAAAAUUUCCUCCCCCACAGGCUCCAAAGACCUGCAGAUGGUGAACAUCUCCCUGCGGGUGCUCUCCCGCCCUAACGCCAUGGAAUUACCCAGCAUGUACCAGCGCCUGGGGCUCGACUAUGAAGAGCGGGUGCUGCCCUCCAUCGUCAACGAGGUGCUCAAGAGUGUGGUGGCCAAGUUCAAUGCCUCACAGCUCAUCACCCAACGUGCCCAGGUGUCUUUGUUAAUCCGCCGGGAGUUGACUGAGAGGGCCAAGGACUUCAGCCUCAUCCUAGAUGAUGUCGCCAUCACAGAGCUGAGCUUCAGCAGAGAAUACACAGCUGCUGUGGAGGCCAAACAAGUGGCCCAGCAAGAGGCCCAGCGGGCCCAGUUCUUGGUGGAAAAAGCUAAGCAGGAGCAGCGGCAGAAGAUCGUACAGGCUGAGGGGGAGGCCGAGGCCGCCAAGAUGUUGGGCGAGGCGCUGAGCAAAAACCCUGGCUACAUCAAACUGCGAAAGAUCCGGGCUGCCCAGAACAUCUCCAAAACGAUCGCCACAUCCCAGAACCGGAUCUAUCUCACUGCUGACAACCUCGUUUUGAACCUCCAGGAUGAAAGUUUUACUCGGUGAGGAGCCCAAGUUGGGUCACUUGGGUUCC